GGGAGGGAGAGGAGUGGAGUGGAGAGGAGAGGUGGACGCUGCCAUUCACCGAUCACCCUGCCUCGCUCUUAUUAUUAGCUCCCUCAGAUCCGCUCGCAGGGCUCUAGCUCUCCUCCUCCGAGCAGCAGCGGUGGAUUUGGCGUUGCGCACACAAACGAUUGGGAUCUCAGGUAAAGGUGCAGGGACGCAGCCGGGGGAAGGGACUGCUUUUGCGGGGUCAAUGGACGCGGCUGCUGCGGGUCAGGCUUAGUUAGGGCUCGAUUGACGGGGCCCUUUUAAUUUUGAAAAGCCACUCCUGUGCGUGUGUGCGCCGAGGCUCCCGCGAUGUUCAAGACGGCCAACUACCCGACGGUGGACCCCGCGCCCACCAUCAUGCACGGCACCUGGUUCUCCACGGGCUGCCGGCAGAGCGCCCCCGUGGCGGUGGAGAAGCCCAAGAAGAAGCCGUUCAGCCUGGGGAAGAUCAUGUCGCUCAGCGGCGGCGGUGGAGGUGGUGGUGGUGGCGGCGGCGGGAGGAAGGGGCACGGCAACUACCCGCACCACAACAACAACAUGCCCUUCACCAUCCACUGCCACAUCGGGAAAGAGAUCAAGCACAUCUGCAGCAACUGCAGCCGCGGGAACGACACGCAGGACGCUGAGGAAGUCGAGAGGGUGGCCGCCAUGCGCUCCGAGUCCAUGCUCUCCGGCAGCCACACUCCGCCCAUCCGCCGUCGCAGCAAGUUCGCCACCCUGGGACGUCUCCUGAAGCCGUGGAAGUGGAGGAAGAAGAAGAGUGAGAAGUUCAAGCAGACCUCCGCCGCGCUGGAGAGGAAGAUGUCCAUGCGACAGAGCCGAGACGAGCUGAUCAAGCGAGGAGUGCUGAAGGAGAUCUUUGAAAAAGCAACCGUUGAAUUCCGGUCCUCGAUGGACGGUGGCGUCUUCCCUCAGGAGUCCUCUCUUAAGACGUCCAUGGUCCUGCCGACCAAGAAAUCGGUCACCUACUCGAGUGACCUUCAGGACAUCCCCCCCAAGCCGCCGAUGUACCAUAAACAGCCUCCUGCUCUCCCUCCAAAGCCUUUCUCCAGGAUCUCCAACCAUAGCACAGAUUCUUGCCAGCCCAUGAAGUUGCUCUGCAUGCCCGGAGGAAAGCACUCUCCACCUCUGCCGCCCAAGAAAGUGAUGAUCUGCGUGCCCACUGGGGGGCUGGACUCCUCGGUCUCCCCGUCCCCGUCGCCCAACCCCCUCAGCGCUCUCCAAAGGUGUGCCCCUCCGCACGGCAUGUCCCUCCACCACGGCAGCCUGCUGCCCUCUCAGCUCGUCGGCCUCUCCGGCCUCCACCAGAGCCACGGCCACCCGUUCCAGCUGCAGUACGGCAGCUUGCACGCGCCCAGCCGCAUCAUCGAGGAGCUCAAUAAAACCCUGGCACUCUCCAUGCAGAGGUUUGAAAGCUCUGCGUUUCACAGCGGCGGUCACUGUCUGCCCCUGGACAGAAGGGAAGUGCCGUCUGUGAUCAUCGACUACGAGGACGACAAGGAGAACAUGCCCAACGAGUCGGACUACGAGGACCUGCCCAGCAUGUACAAGGACGAGGAGGACGAGCUGGACGACGAAGAGGACGACGAGGAUGACGACACCAUAUUUACAAGUUCCCUGGCUCAGAAGGUGCUGAGGAAAGACUCCCUGGCCAUCAAGCUGAGUAACCGUCCGUCCAAACGAGAGCUGGAGGAGAAGAACAUCCUGCCCAUGCAGACGGACGAGGAGAGGCUGGAGUCUCGGCAGCAGAUUGGCACCAAACUCACGAGGCGCUUGAGUCAGAGGCCCACCGCAGAUGAGCUGGAGCAGAGGAACAUCCUCAAACGCAGCAGGGGCUCCCCGAAGAGUCAUGUCCAGAGAGACGGGGCUCGCAAUGAACUAGACGAAAUGGAGGAGAAGAGGGAGAUCAAACGGAGGCUAACGCGGAAGCUGAGCCAGAGGCCCACUGUAGAGGAGCUGCGACAAGCCAAAAUUCUCAUCCGGUUCUGCGACUACGUGGAGGUGUCAGAUGCCCAGGACUACGACAGGAGGGCAGAUAAGCCCUGGACCCGGCUCACAGCAGCCGACAAGGCAGCUAUUCGCAAGGAACUCAACGAUUUCAAGAGCAACGAGAUGGAAGUGCACGAGUCAAGUCGCCAUUUAACCAGGUUUCACCGACCAUAGUAGACCCCCACUGUCUCGAGCAGUGCCAGAGUGGCGCUCUCCUCCACUGAGAACCUUAAGUGCUGGACAGUAAAAAUGGUGCCCGUUUCUACAAUAAGGCCAUGUCUUCUGAAAUGCCUUUUCAAGACCCACACAACUGAGUCGGUACUACACCGCAGGAUGCAGACACCCACACCUCCAUCCACCGUAGUAGCACAUAAUGACUCCAGUUGUUCAACAUCGGCCCUCUGUGGACUCUGCUCCACUGUCUCUCUGAACCUCCCUGCUGAGCUCUGUGGCAGGCGCUCAGUUCUGCAGCGAUUCGGACAGCCGGAGUUAUUAUCAUCUUCUUCUUUUUAGUUGGCACCCGCGACUGCACCUUCGCUUAAUCGAUGACACCAGUGGACUUGUCUCAGUGGACGUGUUUUUAUCCUGCCCUAUUUAUUAUGCUGUCACUCUGAACUCCUCUUCCUCCAAAGGACGACUCUGUGCCAGGAGUUCACCACAUCAGCUGGAGAUCCAUCUUCACUGCACCUGCUGGGAGCUGCUUAGAAAGACACACAGGAGGGAGGGGAGGGGUCCAACAUUCAAAUCAUGUGCAAUAUGUUUUUUUUUUUCACCCCUUCUGCUUUUCCGAGACUAUAGCACCCCCUGGAGCCCCCUCUGUGUCAUUACCACCUAGUCCUAACUUCUUCACUCAUAGCGCGCUAUUCUCACUGUACUGACUAUGUUGUCAUCUAAUUGCUAACUGUGAAUCUGGGAGUGUGGGCGACGUCUGCACUCUCUCCUAAUGUACAUUUUGUUUAUACUAAGGAAGGACAGAUAAAGAAGAUUGAGCAGGUUUCAUUCAUGUCAGAGUCUUAUGAAUUUAACUAAUGUAAAAAUUGCAGCUGGGAGAUAUAUUCUGGUUCAAGUGUGUGUGGAUCAUUUGUGUUUUAUAUAUUUUUUUUAAUAGAGGCAAUUCAUUUACAUGUUUUACAUGUUCCAGCUCUUUGGUAGAUACUUUUUAAUAUCAGAAUACCAAGAGACAGGCUCACCGCUUUAUUAUCUUACUUUUUUGUGUGUUUGCUGCAGUGUGUUGUAAUGAUCUUUGCUCAUAAUGUGCAUUGUAUUAUACACUUUACUUUUAUACUCAUGUUGUGCUAAGUUUUUGACCAAGCAAUAUCUGCUGUUUGUAGAGUAAAGGUUAAACUGCAGGUGUCCCCCCCCCCCCCCACAUUUUUUUACUGUGCUUAUACACUAUACGUCUCACUUCAGGGUUUCAUUUUUCUUUUAUACUUUUGCAAAGCUUUAUUCAGGAGGAUGUUUUUCAGAUUUUUUUCUUGAUGGAUCCAAAAAAAUAACUAAUAACCUGCCUCUACGACAGCUCAUUCAAUUCUAAAAUCUGUCCCAGGACACGAUGCAUUCUCUCGUCAAAAACACAGAUUCUAUGAGUCAGGAUUUUUAAAUUUCUAAUGCUAAAGGUUCUUUGCACAUUUAAGAGUUCGGCUUUACAACGGUCACCGUUUCAAGUUCAGGGCCCCAGUUUGUAAAAUAUUGUUGAAUUUCUGAUCUGUGACCAGUUUGUCUCUUCACUUUUCAAAGUCUUGUUACCUGAUCAUGUACCAGUAUUCCAAUGCUCGUGAGCUUUAACUACACAGAAUAUUUUUAUUAUUUUUUACUGUCUUACUUUUAAAGUUGCAAUAUUGAAGUGCUUGUUUAUCAUGAGAGGUGAGAGACUGUUGGCUUCCCACUUUGAUGCAUCUGUCUGCAAAGGUUAACUUGUUUGAACGUCACGGUCUCAGCCAGUGAUGGAUGAAUGACCCAAUGUGAGAACUGAGAAAAUCAUUUUGCACUUUAUGGUCUGUAUGUGAAGUGUUGUGCGUUAAGUUCUUAUGAAUCAGUGCACAGUACAGUCUCAUGUCAUAUUAACCUUUUUUUUUUUUUAUCUACAUUUAUUUGGGUCACUAAAUAUCAGAUUUUGAAUCAGAAGAUUUGUUUUUGUUUUACAAGCUUCUGUUCGAUUCCAGCAUCAUCACGUCACCAUUUAAAAUUUUCACUCACAGUUUUAGUACAAUAGGAAUGAAUUUAUACAAAAUACACUCCAGUUCUCGUUUCCAGCUCCCGAGAGACGGCCCGAGCCGCAGGGCCGAGCAUGACGUUUUGCUGGAAUCAAGGAACAUGAAUUCAGCAAUAAUCUUGUUUCCUUUUGUAUGUCGAUGGAGCAAACUGAUGCAUUUGAAAGAGUUUUUUUUGUGUGUGUCACUUUUGAAAUACAGAACACCAUGUAAAGGAUAAAUCAUGCCAAUUAAAUUCCAUCUCUGAA